AUGUCCACCCAGAAAGCAGUCGUCAUCACCGGUCCCAUGCAGGCGGACUUGGUCACUCACCCCAUCCCCAAGCUGCGAGAUGACUACAUCCUCAUCAAGACCGUCAGUGUGGCCCUGAACCCCACAGACUGGAAGCACAUCGAUCGUCUGGUUGCUCCUGGAGUGCUAGUCGGCUGCGACUACGCCGGUAUCGUCGAGGAAGUGGGCAAGGACGUCAAGAAGCCCUUCAAGAAGGGCGACAGAGUCUGCGGGUUCGCUCACGGAUGCAACGCCGUGCAGCCCGAGGACGGCACGUUUGCUGAGUACAUCGUCGCCAAGGGCGACCUGCAAAUCCACAUCCCCGAUAAUCUGAGCUUCCAGGAGGCCGCCACGCUGGGUGUCGGUAUCACCACCAUCGGCCAAUCGCUCUAUCAGUCUCUUAAACUCAAUUGGCCAACAGAGCCGAUCAAGGACGCUCAGCCUCUCUUGAUCUAUGGCGGUUCCACCGCCACGGGUACCCUGGGUAUCCAGUUCGCCAAGCUGUCCGGGUACCGAGUGCUGACGACCUGCUCGCCGCGCAACUUUAACCUUGUCAAGAGCCUGGGUGCCGAUGCAGUGUAUGAUUACAACGACCCCAACGCCGCUGCGGAGAUCCGCAAGGCCACCGACAACAAGCUCAAGUAUGUUCUCGACACGAUCUCGCUGGAGUCGAGCGCCAAGUUCUGCGACGAGGCGCUGAGCACCGAGGGAGGAGAGUACACUGCUCUUCUGACUACCCCCAUUAAGCGCGAGAAUGUCAACGAUCGCUGGACAGUGGCCUACACUGCCGUAGGUGAAAGUUUCACGUUUGGCGACAAGGAGAUCCCUGCGAAGCCGGAAGAUUUCGAAUUUGCGAGCAGGUUUUGGUCUCUCGCUGAGAAGUUGCUGGCAGAGGGCAAGAUCAAGCCGCACCGGCCCAGGGUGUGUCCGGAUGGAUUAAAGGGUGUGCUGAAUGGCCUGCAGCUCAUGAGAGAGGGCAAGGUCAGCGGAGAAAAGUUGGUGUACAAUGUUGCUGAGACGCCUUGA